CUAAAACGAAGUGUCUAGCUUUGUAGCUAGCAACGUUAGUGCACAUAACAUGUGAUUAGGUUUAAUUAUCAUGCAAUUAAGUAUUUCCUAUAUGAUUCAUCCGCCCUUGCACUACUUUCUUUGCGUUACAUCUAAAACUACACAACUAGUCGUGACCUUUGCAAAAAUACAAGAGGCACAAUCAUUAUCACCUUAGCAGCAGUUUUCGCUCAAUUACUCUGCUACAAACAUGGCAAAACACAGCUGGAAAGAGCAUUUUAGUCGCCAAGAGGAGACAGCGGCGCUACAACCUUGUACAGAUGACGAGCAACUACCCAGAUACUCGGAAAGCAAGAAUCAGGAGAAUGUCUAUGGGACUAUGGGCCAGUCUCCUAGUAACGUAGAGAAGUCGAAGGUCAACCAAAGGACCGAGGCCGAGAAGUGGGAGGUUGACAUAGUUGAGAAGUGGAACUCCGAGACCGAAGCUGAGAAGGAAAAAAGGCGACGAUUGUACAGCGGUCUCCAAAAUCGACUUAACACGGCAUCAAACGAGUCACUAGAGAAACUUCUAAAGUCAGACCUAAUAGAGCUUCUUGACACAGUACGAGAAGAUGCUUUAACGCCCCGAGGGCCAAAUCUCGCGGAGGAACUCGACAUAGCGCGAGGCAAAUCUUUUACUACGCCGUCUAUUAAGGCACAGAAUAUGCCUUUUGAGAAACUUUCCAAACUAGGCCUUAUGGAGUUGCUUCGCGUAGCACGAGCCACUCCUUACUAUAGGAUUCCUAAAUCAGUGUUUAUGAAGGUUCCCAACUCGGAUCUCGUGAACUUACUUCGCGAGGCACGAAGUGAGGAUUUGAAGAAGUAUAGAGUAGCCGACUAUAAGGAUCGAGUCUCACGCCAUGUGGAAAAAGAGAAGUCUGACAAAGUUGAGGGGCAGGUGAAAGCAAUGAAGACAGACUUCGUUGAGGGAAGAUGCGUAGGCUCCGGGAAUGUCACCCCAGAAAGUGAUAUCGCCACAGGCAGUUGCACAGACUCGAGCAGCACGGCAGACAGCACCACCCAAGUCGACAACAAAAAUGAGCCUCUCAGACAGGCUACGAUCCAAGCAAGACUGGAGACAGACACUGCAAUUGAAAAAACUCGUGAUCUACACCAUUUGUUGAUCCGGUUGGAAACGGACAUGGAGCAGCAGAAGAAGACUUUCGGGAUUCAGGACUUCGACAAUGUUAGGGUGAAGGCGGUAGAGGUAGGCCGAGAUCUUGAUGAUUCAAUAUUGAGGGUGCGAGAGAUGAUCUCAUUAUUGUAGGGUCGAUUGUUACUUGAUUUGUCAUGGAGCGCGUGUCCUCAUUGCCAGGUUUGAAGGUCGAAAAGGAAAGGCAAUAUCAGUGCAAUGCGGGCUCACUGCUGUAUGUAUCGCGUUAGUUUAUUAUCGGUGCGUUUAUUUUAUGAGAGGUUAUCGUUAGGUUAUUCGUUAUAAUGCUAGGUUGCAAUUGACAGUUCGCAG